AUGCUGCUACCUAUCGUCGCUGUUCGCACUGCACCGAUCACCAAAGUCCUCGCCUCCGCCUCCGCCCGACCUUCUCCUACGACGACUUCAGCAAUUUGGGACGAACGCCCACCUGACAUUCCUUCUCAGGCUCAACCUGGGUCAAUCCACGCUCCCUGGCCCGUCCACUCUCUUAGACGAAUUAUCUUCCAGCCUUCUACCGCUCGACUGCAUGCGAUGGUCGACGACAAGUAUAUUGGGCUCGCGCUCGCGGUCUCGAGCUCGCUGGCCAUUGGCACUAGCUUUAUCAUCACGAAAAAGGGUUUGAACGACGCAGCAGCGCGUUCGACAUAUGCAUCUGCUUCAGAAAACUACUCCUACUUCAAAAGCCCCAUAUGGUGGGCGGGGAUUUCUACUUUGGUGCUUGGUGAAGUCGCCAACUUUGCCGCCUACACUUUUGCUCCGCCAAUAUUGGUGACACCGCUCGGUGCUCUGAGUGUCAUCAUAGGUGCCAUUCUUGCGUCAUUUCUACUCAACGAAGAGCUGGGGCAUUUGGGCAGGGUCGGGUGUGCCCUUUGUCUUCUCGGUUCCCUUAUCAUUGUAUUACAUGCCCCUGAAGACAAGGCUAUUCAGACAGUAGAUGAAAUCUUACAGUAUGCUGUGCAACCUGGAUUCAUGAUGUACUGCUUCACGGUACUCGUUUUCAGCCUUGUCAUGAUCUACGCAGUAGUGCCAAAGUACGGCCGAUCAAAUCCCCUCGUCUAUAUUUCUAUAUGCUCCCUCGUCGGCUCUGUAUCUGUCAUGGCGAUUAAGGGAUUCGGUGUCGCGGUCAAGCUGACGUUCGCCGGCAACAACCAAUUCACACACAUGAGCACAUAUGUGUUUGGAAUCGUUGUGGUUGGGUGCAUUCUCGUUCAGAUGAAUUACUUCAACAAAGCGCUCGACACAUUCUCAACUAAUGUCGUAAAUCCCAUGUAUUACGUCGGGUUUUCUACUGCUACCAUAGUAGCGUCUGUGAUAUUGUUCCAGGGGUUUAACACCGACGAUCCAGCAAAUUCCAUUUCAUUACUAGCCGGCUUCAUCACUACCUUCCUCGGUGUUCACCUCCUGGAGAUCUCGCGGAAACCAGAAUCAUUACCGUCUGUCGGGAAUGGGCAUUCAGCGCUGGAGGGUGGGCUUAUGAACCCACGUCUCAGCCUUACUGGGCGCAUGUCGAUUGACGGGUGGAGCGGGGCUGCAGGCACACACAUCGGAGGCCCAGGUACGCCGCACAGUGCGGGCCACGUUCGGCGUGCCUCCCAUCAGCGCACCAGCUCGACCCUAUUCAACGCGUUUGAGGAGGAUGAGGACGCGACGGACACCAUGGGGCUGUCGCGGCUACCAGAGGCACUAGAAGAUGACGAUGAUGACGAGCUAGAAAAUAUAGACGAACGGACACAUUUGCGAUUGGAGGAACGGAGGAGACAAGGGCUAGCGCUUAGGAGCGGGAGCCAUUCCCCUCGUUGA